GCGCCCGUCGGACUCCGCUAGAGGUCCUCGGGCCUGGCUCGCUGCGCCUCGCUCGCUGCCCGCGCCAGGUGAAGGCUCGCGGCGUGUGUCGCGGAGGCGGGCAGCGCUGGCGGGCGGUUAGCGCUCCGUUCGACGCGGGGAGGGGCGGCACUCCGGGCGCUGCACAACGCGGGCGGCGGUGGCGACGGCGGCCGGGCUCUCGGGCUCCCUGCCCCAGGCCGGAGCCAGUCGGUGCCCGGGCGGAGAGACGGGCAGCCGGGCUUCCUGGCCCCGGGCUCCGCCCGGCUGUGGCGGCUGGGGCAAGGGGACGAUGUCGGCUCGCGCCCCGGUGCCCGCGGCUCACUCUCUGGAUGAGCCGCCCGCGACGGCAACGGAAGAGACGCUGUUGCCCGCGGCGAGCCGGCAGGCCGGGCAGCUGCCCCCGCCCGCACGGGAGGGCAAAGAGGCAGCGAGGGACGAGCGGGCGGCGACCGCCACCAGCGCGGGGGCUCGGGGAGAGCCGUCGCCCGCGCCAGUCCUGGGACACAGCGUACCCCAGGCGGCGGUGCCCGUGAGGCCUCUUGCGCUGCACCUGGCGCACAAGGCGCGCGGGCCAGCGGGCCCCUUCGGCGGGGAGCCGCAGCCGCCGCGGGACCCGCCCGCCGAGGACGCCCCGGAGGAGGCGGCGGCGGCGGCCGGCCCUGAGGAAAAGCCGCCGCUGCCACCUAAGGAGAACCCCUGGACCAGAAAGCCGCCUCAGCACGUGUCGCCCGCCUCGUCGGGGCUGCUGCCGCCCCCACCUGACUCAGAGCUCAGUUCCCCCAAAAUUAUAAAAGCAGGAAAGCUCAAGACAAAUAAAUCAGACAAGGCUAGUGAUUUCAGCGAUAUGGCGAAUUGGCCAACACCAAGUGAAUUAGUGAACACUGGAAAAUACUUUUUGCAGUAUCAGAGUGUCAUCAACCAAGGAAAUAAGAAGCUACAAAAUAAAAAAGAAAGAGAAGACAAAGCUGAAAAGAGAAGUAACAGUGAGAACAAAGAAAGCCGGGAAACAAAAUUAGAUGGUCCUGGUGAAAAUGUCAGUGAGGAUGAGGCUCACUCAAGUAAUCAACGAAAGAGAGCUAAUAAGCACAAGUGGGUACCACUCCACUUAGAUGACCUAAGACCAGACAGUCAAGAAAGUCCAGGAUCCAGGAACAGCUCAAGAUGUCAACUUGAGGCAAAUAAAGCAUCACAUAACAAUAGGAGAAAUGAUACACGAAGUUGGAGGCGUGAUAGAGAAAAGAGAGAUGAUCAAGAUGAAGUUUCCAGUGUGAGAAGUGAGGGUGGUAACAUACGAGGUUCCUUUAGAGGCCGAGGAAGAGGCCGAGGACGGGGCAGAGGAAGAGGCAGAGGAGGAAAUCUUCGAUUGAACUUUGAUUAUUCAUAUGGUUAUCGAGAACAUGAAGAAAGGACUGAUGAACCAUUUCAAACAGAACUUACUACCAGUAUGAUGUAUUACUAUGAUGAUGGAACAGGAGUACAGGUGUAUCCUGUGGAAGAAACAUUGCUUAAAGAGUAUAUUAAGCGCCAAAUUGAAUAUUACUUCAGUAUAGAAAAUUUGGAACGAGACUUCUUUCUUAGGAGAAAGAUGGAUGAACAAGGUUUCUUGCCUAUUUCCCUGAUUGCUGGUUUCCACCGUGUUCAGGCUCUAACUACAAACCUUAGUCUCAUUUUAGAGGCACUGAAAGAUAGCACAGAAGUGGAAAUUGUGGAUGAGAAAAUGAGAAAAAAAAUAGAACCAGAAAAAUGGCCAAUUCCCGGCCCUCCUCCACGUAGGGUGCCACAAACAGACUUCUCUCAGCUGAUUGAUUGCCCAGAGUUCAUACCAGGCCAAGCCUUUUAUUCACAAACAGAGUCUGCCCCAAAUUCUCCAAGAUUUGGAAGUCCACUGAACUCAAAGGAAAAUACUGACACAAGUAAUCUUCAAGCAAUGUAUAGAGGUUUGUCUACCAGUUUGCCUGACUUGGACUCAGAACCUUGGAUAGAAGUAAAAAAGAGACAUCAUCCAUCCCCAGUGAAAUUGAAGGAAUCAGCAUCUCUACCUGAAGAGGCAUCAAAUCAGCUGUAUCCUACAGAUGAGCAAGAACAAGAAGAACUUGAUUUUUUAUUUGACGAAGAGAUAGAACAAAUAGGACAAAAAAACACAUUUAUUGAUUGGUCUGAUAAUGAUUCAGAUUAUGAAAUUGAUGACCAGGAUUUAAACAAGAUUUUGAUUGUAACUCAGACACCACCUUAUAUGAGAAAACAUCCUGGAGGAGAUCGAACAGGAAACCACAUGUCUCAGGAAAAAAUUACAUCUGAACUUGCUAAGGUUAUCAAUGAUGGCUUAUAUUAUUAUGAACAGGAUCUGUGGAUGGAAGGAGAUGAAAACACACACACUACCGUCAAGGUAAUUGUUUCUGGCCAACAUCUUUCUGCUGAUACUAUGCCUUGAUUAUAUGUUGUUGCUUAUAUUUUCCUAAACUUGAGACUUUAUUUUAUGAAAUUUUGAAGAUAAAUUAUAUUUAAUUUAAAACAUUUCCAGAAGCAAAUCUGAUAGUCACAAACUGAGAAAUUAUUUUAUUAAAAUGACAGUGAAAUAAAUACUUAAAUUACAAACAACAACAAAAAAAUAGCACUUACUGAGUGUAACCCUUGCUUUUUACUGGUGAAAAUAAGAAGGUCCUUUCUCAUAAAAAGGACUAAAAAUUGAAGUUAUAGACAGGCUUAGUUUAUAUGUGCAUUUCUUACCUGGCUAUAAUCAGUCACUCCAGCUAUAUGAGCAGCGAUUCAGAAUGGGAUUACUUUUGUUGCCUCCUUCCACCCUUCUAACCUUUAUGGUGCAUGCUCUGUGGUAGUGAAACUGGUUGUGCACAAGUCGAGCAUUAAACUGGCUGAUUGUUUUGCCUUGUGCAAUAAUUACUAUAGUGCUAGGGGUGGUAUUUGAAACCUUGUUUGAAAAAUUGUUCUUUAAUCUUUUUGCAUUUCACCCCACAGCCUGGUAGCUGCAAGUUAUUAAGUUAAAAUAUGAGAGUGCUAGGGUAGUCUACUGGCCAUCUACAUGCUUUUGAUUGAAUUUUAAUGGUACAGGUAGGGAUUAAAAGGGAUCUUUUUCUGCCAUUAAAUUGAUCAGAAAACCCCCAGAAUACUUGUUUUGAGGAUAAAAUAACAAGGGGAAAGUUAUAUAACUAUAAUAUGCCGAACACAAAAAAGAUCUUGGUCAGUAGUACAGUUGUAGAAAGAAAACCUGGCCACCUAGUGGCUGAAUAGAGGGGACUGGCUGUCCAUUGGGGUUCAUGUCAUCCAUAAGAAGUGUGCUUUCCUUUUUGGCUCUUCAAUUUUAUUUUUUUUCCUUCCUGGAAUUUCCAUCACUGAUUUCACCCUCUUACCUUCUCUAGCCACUGCGUUUUUGGGAGACCCUGCCUCAGGGUGUGGUAGCUUGUCAGGGACUUAGAGCCUGAGCAGUUCUCUAUCAUGCUGUGGGAAAGGACGUGUUUUCAUAGUUUCUUGGUUGAAAGUCUUUCUUUGUAUAAGUAUUGUUACUUUAUUUGUGAUACUUGGGUUUCUAUCUAACUUAAAUCCUUUUGGGAACAGAAAGGAAGAGAUGAAACUAAAUCUAACUAAUACUAGGUGAAAAUUUCACUCCCUGCAUUCCCUGUCUCUCUACCAUGCUUUGUUCUUUACCAUCUACCAUUAUGUAUAUUGUACUUCUUUUCUGUUUUUAUAACAUGGAGAUAAGGUCUGUGAAGAUAGGAAUUUUUGUCUUAUUUGUACACUACUGUGACUCUAGUGUUAAAACAGUUCUUGGCAUGAGGCAGUGCUCAAUUCGUAUUUUUUUAAAUGGAUAAAUGAGUUAUGAAUUAAACUAGUUAUGAACUAACCAAAGUAACUUGACCAUUUUGUAUAAUAUUGGUUCUGUGGGAAAAUGUUUCUAGAGUCCCAAAUAAUGAACUUUCGAACCACCUUGAGAAACAUGCUAUUUGUAGGUGAUUAUUUAUUUGCUUUAACAAAAGUAUAGACAAAAAUUAAAAGCCAUGAAUUGAGUAAUUAAAAACCAACAUCUGUUUUAUCAAUUAAGUAUUAGGGGAAAGUAAUCUUGGCUAUAUAACUGUAAGCAUUACAGGUGUAUUCUUCUAUCUUAUUUAACAUAAUCCCUAUAUACAUUUCUACCAUCUAACUUAUUCCUCUUAUUUCUAAUUCUGUACUCCACAUGUAAUAACUGAUUAGAAUUUUACUUUUCCUGUGCGUCUGCUUAAAGGGAGAGAAAUCAAUCAUUUAAUAUAUGUUUAUUAAACUCCUGCUAUGUGCCAGACACUGUGCUGGGUCCUGGGCAUAGAAUUGGAAGAUGGCAAUAGGGUCUCUACAUGCCUGGUUCUUAUAAAUAAUUGGUAAGUCAGGCAUUAAAAUAAACCCGUAGUAAGUACUUAAUCACUAAUUAUGAUAAGUGUUCUAAAGGAGAAGAACAAGAUGUUUUUGGAUUGUGUUGUCAGGAAAUGCCUGUCAGAAAGUCAGAAAUAUAGUGAGUUCUGAAGUAUGAGCAAGACUGAACCAUGCAAAGAGCAGGUAAAUCAUACUCAAGGAACCAGAAGAACAAGUGUCAAGGAUCACAUGUGGGAAAGAAUUUGGUAUAUUUGAGGAAUUGAAAAAAAGAGUGAGCUUAUUUAUAGUAUUAUAUAAGAGGAAAGUUAUGGAUAUAUAGGCAAGAGUCUGAUCAUAUAAAGUUUUGUGGGCCAUGUUAAAUAGUUUGGAAUUUAUCUGAAGUCCAAAUGCAGUACCUGAAAUGGUUUUACAAAGGCAACAUGACAUGAUGUAAUUUUUAUUUUUAAAAGAUCACUUUGGUUAGUAUGGCAGUGAAUGGAUUCAAUGGGGACAAGAGUGGUAGAAGAAAUCCAAUUAGGGGGCUGUUAAAGUGGUCCAGGAAGAUGGAUGUUGGUAAUUUAAGGUGGCAGAGGAAAUACAGAAAUGGGAAGACCUAGGUCUGAGCCCUGAGGAGUGAUCAUUAGGAACUGUGUAGGAAAGUGGUGUGUGGAAGCCAAGAACUGGCUUCAAGAGGAGAGAAGAAUCAGAUGUGUCAGAAACAGGACAUAUAGAAUUAGAUAUAAAUGAAAAGAAUGCCAAAUUGUUUGGGUAGUUUGGUGAUCAUGUCUGACUUGGUGAAGGAGUUUUGAUGGAUCUGGAACCUAUGUUUGAAUUACACCAAAGAGUGAGUAUAGGCCGUCUGUUUCUGACAUGUCCUUACUCCUGAAGACAACUUAAAUGACCCGUUAAUAUGUGGAAACAUGUACUUAAAAUUUGUGAAGGAUCUGCAAGGUAAGUUAUUAUCAGAAUAAAACCAUAGAGAAGGGGAGCAUUGAAACCAGUUUUUUCCUGGAGACCAUUUUGGAAUUUGGGGAGUUUGAGUUCAGUUUUGCAAAAACCUCCCAAAAUAUAGGGGGUAAAAGAUACAAAUAUAGGACACAGCCACAGUUGGGGAUUCCAAAAGACGUCCUGUUCCCAUUGUUACCAAAAGAAAUAUGCCCUCAGUGAAAGAGAACUUGCUUUCUCAUCUGUUCGUCUAAGGGACUAUAAAGAAUAUUUCUCUAGUUGUGCUGAGUAGAAUAAGGAGGGGGAAAAAAUGGCUUACAAGUUAUAAUCAUGCACCCAAAUUCACACUUUCUGGGUGACUAAAGUAACCACUAGUCUUAAAUUUGAAGUGAUUGUGGUCUGUUAAUUUCCCAAAACCCAGCAGAAACAAAUGUAGCUUUUUUGUGAGGACACUCACCUUUAUACUAGAUCUCAAAGAAUUUACUCAAAGUGUUUUAUAAGGGAAGUGAGCAACUCACACAGUUAAUAAAGGAAAUAGGUACCACAUGUGAGAAUGAGCAAAAGUAACAGCCAAACCACACCCUGAAAUAAUUUAGACAGAAUUGUUUAACUGAAUGUGGAGUAACAAUGCUAACUAUGUUUAAAGAAAUAAAAAAUAUGUGCAGGGAAGAAGAAAUUCUAAAGGAUAACCUUCCUAGAACUUCUGGAAGUAAAAACAGUUAAACUUCAGAUUAAGAACUCAAUCAAUUGAACAGAUCAAUUGUAGAUUAGAUAGAAUUAGAGAAUCCAUGAAUUAGAAGAUAGUUUACAAGAAGCUAUUCAGAAAUCAGAGUGACAAAGAGAGAGAAUAUAUGAAAAAGUAUGGAAUGAUAUUCUAGACAGUCUUUGCUAUUAUUUGGUACAUUUCAAAACGAGUUGUAUAAUAUAACAUCUAGUGGAUUUUAUUAUAAAGCUUUUUUUUCUGAAAAAAAAGGUAAAAAGCAAGCAAGAAAUGAGAAAUAUAGAAUGGUAAGCAUGGUGUAUGAUAGAUAUUUAAUUGGAGUUUAAGAAGAAAGGGAGAAAGAAAAUGGGGCAAAGUCAUUGUUUUAAGAGGUAAUAACUAGGACCUUUUCUGAAUUGAGGAGAAAUAUCAGAGCAGAGAGCCAGGGAUAAAAGGCAGAUUACUUUCAAAGAUGGAAGAGUGGAUAGCUGACUGCUGACUUCCCACCAGUAAUAGUUGAAUGCAGCAAUGGAAUAAUAAUGUUAUACUAAGGGAAAAUUGCUAUCAACCUAUAAUUGUGUGCCUUGCAAAAAUACUUUCAAGUAAGAGGGUAAAAUAUAGUGAGAGAGCUCCAUCAAAGGAAAUUGCAAAGAUAGAAUAAAAGUAAUUCCAUGUGCUAAAGGUGCAGUAAGGAGAACAAUAAAUGAAUAGUAUUUAAAGGUACUUUUUAGUCUAGAAAGAAGAUUGAUUAGAUUUUAAAGUUUUCAUGUUGCAGUUUGAAAAAUACCUAUUUAAAAAUAAAAUUAGAGGGAUUAACAAACUAGGAGAAAGGGAAAAUGUGGAAUAAGACAAGAAAAAGGAAAAAGGGACCUCCAGCACAAAAAUAAGGUAGUAGAUUUAAACUCAAAUAUGGAAGUAGCAAAAAUGAAUAAAUACAGUCAAAACAUAUGUAAGUACAACCAGUUAUUUAUAUAUGGCAUCAGAAAAUAGGAAGCAAAAAGGUUGAAAGGAAAAGAUUGGAAAAAUACAUACCAUAAAGUAGUAACCAACCCAAAUCGAUCUACAUAUUCAGUGUAAUCCCUAUCAAUAUCCUAACUGGCAUCUUUGCAGAAAUUGACACGCUGAUCUGAAAUUCAUAUGGAAAUUCAAGAAGGAGCCCAGAAUAACCAAACUAUCUUGAAAAAGAAAAAAGUUGAAGGAUUCAUACACUGACCUUACUUAUACUAGCCCUAGUAUUAAGGAUAGACAUACAGAUCAAUGUAAUAGAAUUGAGUCCGGAAAUAAACCCAUGUGUCUGUGGUCAAAUGACUUGGCAGAAGUGCCUUAAACCAUUCAAUAGGAAAAGAGUAGUCUUGGCACAAGCAAAUAUCCACAUGCAAAAGAGUAAGUUAGAGGCCACUCUGACUUAACCAUGUUUGAAAAUUGACUCAAACACCUAAAUAUAGGAGCAAAAACUAUAGAACUUCUGCAAGAAAACAUGGAAGAAAAUCUUUAUGACCUUGUAUUUGACAGUGGUUUCUUAGAUGACAAUGAUAGCACAAGCAACAGGAGAAAAAAAAAUAAAUUGAAUAUAAUCAAAACUUUAAAAUUUGUACUUAAAAGAUGCCACAAAGACAGGGAAAGGACAUUAAAAGCAAUACCAUUUACAUUACCACCCCAGAAAUGAAAUACUGAGGUAUAAACCUAGGAAAAUAAGUACAAGAUCUAUGUGAGGAAUACUAAAACUCUGAUGAAAGAAAUCAAAGAACUAAAUAAAGAGCUAUUUCAUUUAGGAAUGCUCACUAUUGUCAGUUCUCCCCAACUUGAUCUAUAGAUUCACUGCAAUCCCAAUCAAGAUUCCAGGAAUUCAUUUUGGGAUAUCGACCAACUGUAUCUAAAAUUUAUAUGGCAUGACAAAAGACCCAAAAUAGCCAAUACAAUAUUGAAGGAGAAGAAAAGAGGACUGAUACUACACAACUUUGAGAAUUACUGUAAAACCACAGUGAUCAAGACAGUUUGGUAUUGGGGCUGGUCGAGUGGCGCAGUUGGUUAGAGCAUGAGCUCUGAACAACAGGG